CUUGAGAUUUGUAUCUUAUAUCAAGCAGUACAAUGACAUCUAUUGGAACAGGUUACGAUUUAUCCAACAGUGUUUUCUCUCCAGACGGAAGAAAUUUUCAGGUGGAAUACGCCAUGAAAGCCGUUGAAAACGGAGGCACUUCUAUUGGAAUCAAGUGCAAAGACGGAAUAGUGUUGGCGGUGGAAAAAAUCAUAAAUUCGAAGUUGUUAGUUCCUGGAAAGAAUAAACGUAUUCAGACCAUCGACAGACACAUUGGGGUGGCAUAUUCAGGACUUUUACCGGAUGGGCGCCACCUUGUCAGCAGAGGAAGAGAUGAAGCCAAGUCGUUCAAAUCCAUAUAUAAGACAUCAGUAAGUGUUCCUCAUUUGAUGGACAGAUUGGGCAUUUAUGUCCAGAACUAUACUUGUUACAACUCGGUCAGACCUUUUGGAGUCGUCGCCAUUAUUGGAGGCGUCGACAAAAAGGGACCUCAUUUGUACAUGAUUGAACCCAGUGGAGCAUUCUGGGGAUAUAGUGGAGCUGCCACCGGUAAGGGCAGACAAACUGCUAAAUCCGAAUUGGAAAAGUUGAACUUCGACGAAUUGACGGUCAGAGAAGGUGUCAAAGUGGCUGCAAAGAUCAUCCAUCAGGCCCAUGAAGAUAACAAAGACAAGGAUUACGAAUUGGAAAUUACCUGGUGUUCUCUUGAGGAGACCGAAGGUAGACACGAGUUUGUCCCUGAAGAUUUGUUGGAAGAAGCUAUCAAAUACGCACAAGAAGAGGACGAAGAUGACGACGAAGAGGACGACGAUGAAGACACCGAAAUGGCCACCUAAAUAAUCAAUCGUAUAUUAGAAAUCUGAGAUCUCGUAGUAGUGUGGAUGCGAUCUCGUUUCGAUAAUCCCAGUCGCGACUUUUAUUUAUGUUUCAAUCUCAUAUAAAUACACACAUCGAAUAUA